GUCUCCAUUUCUAAAAGCUUCUACUCGACGCUUUUAUUAAACCGAACAUCUGAAGUCUGACCUUUUCAAGUCUGGUGGCUCUGUUCAAAGGGUUUACCGUCUCUCUCAAGAAAGCUUGAAAAAAAAGUAUUAAAUCCAACAAUUCCGUCAACAUAAACACAAGCAAAUAAGUUCCAUUAUAUAUAUUCGCAGAGACUUUGGGUUUAGUUUCUAAUACAAGUAUUGAUUGUCAACAUGGCUGAAGUGAAGCUGAUAGCCUCUUCACUUAGCCUUUUCUGCACAAGGAUUGAAUGGGCUUUGAAGCUUAAAGGUGUGGAAUAUGAGUACAUUGAAGAAGAUUUAAGAAACAAGAGUCCUCUUCUUCUUAACUACAAUCCUGUUCAUAAGAAAGUUCCAGUACUUGUUUACAACGGCAAACCGAUUGCUGAGUCACUCAUCGUUCUUGAAUACAUUGAGGAGACAUGGAAGGACAGUCCCUUGCUCCCUGAAGAUCCAUAUGAGAAAGCAAUGGCUCGGUUUUGGGCAAAAUUUGCCGAUGAAAAGUGCUUGUUGGGUGCAUUUGAUGCUUGCCGUGCAGAAGGAGAUGAAAAGGAAAAAGCCAUAGAAACUGCAAUAGAGUCCUUUUCGUUUCUUGAGAUGCAGAUUGGAAGGACGAAAUACUUUGGUGGGGAACAUAUAGGCUAUCUGGAUCUUGCGCUUGGUUGGAUCCCUUAUUGGCUCAAUGUUAUGGAGGAAGUUGGAUGCAUGAAGCUGGUUGACGCUCAGAGGUUCCCACUUCUUCAUCGAUGGGCAGAAGACUUCAUCGAAACUCCAGUGAUCAAAGAAUGCCUUCCACCUAGACAAAAAACGGUUGAGUACUUCACUGCUAGCAUCAAUUACCUGCGUUCCUUGGCAACAAGCAAGCAAUAAAUUCAUUUUCCAUUCGAGCUUUUCUCCAUGGCCAAGAAAUAAAUGGAGAUAUCUCCUAUUUUGAACCCAAAAAAAAUUAUAAAAAAAAAUAAAUAAGUAAAUAAUUGGGAGAUGUUUUUGUUUUCAGUUGUGUUUGAAAGUAAGUUUUUCAAUAUGUCAUCUAUGGCUACCGGAUUGGGGUGAACCCCUGUUUGAUGUAUCCAAUAGAGUUGCCAUUUAGUGCAUUCAGUUCAUAAAA